GUUAGCUUGUUGUUAUGUAGCCAUCUUGCUAGAAAGAAAACACAGUUUAUAGUGUUUUUUUUUUAACCACGUCUGCUCUCGCUACAGACAAUUUAACAGUAGUACAUGCAAUUAAGUUGUAUCCGGUUAAUUCUGGUGAUUAACAACAUUAGUUAGUUUUUUUUCUCUCGCUUGGAAAUUAUGAAGUUAGGUUGCUAGCUCGCGAAGUGACCGGUGUCUUCCAUCUCGCAGGCAUAUGUGUCAAAAACUGACCUUGUUGGCACUGUCAGCUGAAGGACAGUUUUAAGCUUCUAUCCAUAGCAAUGGCAUAUACCAGACUGUUUCACUUAUUCAUGAUCAGAGCUGCACGCUCGACCCAAACGCGAGCCGCUGGAGGUGCACGGUGCUUCCGAAAACAUGUCAGCACUUCAGCUUGGCGAGCACAGAGCCGAAUGUCCGCCUGGGUCGUCGACCAGUUUGGCACUAACGAAGUGUUCAGGUACUCUGAAGACAACCUCGUCCCUACGAUCACCUCGUCCAGCCAAGUGAUGAUCCAAGUGCACGCUGCCAGUCUGAACCCUUUGGAUGUGUCCAUGAGAGGAGGGUAUGGAGCUAAGAUGCUGAAGCUACGAAGGGACCCAUUUUCGAUAAUGGAUGAUGAUAGUGGUUUUCCUCUGAUCCUUGGUCGAGAUGUGUCCGGCGUUGUGGUCGACUGUGGCUCUGACGUUGCACACUUUGUACCAGGAGAUGAGGUUUGGGCUGCUGUACCCCCGUGGAAACAGGGCAGUCUGGCAGAGUUUGUCAAUCUUACAGAGUUUGAGGUGUCCCACAAGCCCAAAUGUAUAAGUCACACGGAGGCGGCGUCCAUCCCGUACGUAGCCAGCACUGCGUUAUCUGCGCUUGUCAACGCAGGUGGUCUUUGCAGAGACAGCUCCUCCAAUAAAAGAAUUUUGAUUAUUGGAGGAUCAGGAGGUGUUGGGACAUUUGCUAUUCAGUUGGUAAAGGCCUGGGGUGCCCAUGUUACAGUCACUUGUUCUCAGAACGCAGAGGGCCUUGUCAGAGGGCUCGGAGCCGAAGAGGUUGUGGACUACACUGCGGAAGAUGCGGCCGUCCAACUAGAAAUGAUGGAGAGAUUUGACGUGAUUUUGGACAACGUGGGUGGGGACACCGAAGAGUGGGCAGUGGGCUUAUUAAAACCCUGGUCUGGGGCGAAGUACGUCACGCUGGUAACCCCUUUGCUCUUCAAAACGGAUUCCCUCGGCCUACUGGAUGGACUCGUUCAUGCCGGAUCUACCCUGAGCACCAAGGUCAUACAGAAUAUAAUAUCAAAUGGGGUCUUCUACCGCUGGGGGUUCUAUGUCCCAGAUGGGCCUGGCCUGGAUGAGGUCAGCAAGCUGGUGGAUACCGGGAAGAUCUUGCCAGUGGUGGAGGCCCAGUUUUCAUUCGACCAGGUGCCUCAGGCUUUUCAGAAAUUGGAGCUCGGCCACGCCAGAGGCAAGACGGUCAUCAGCGUGACUGAGGAGCAAGAAAUGGAUCAGAACGCGGCACAGGAAACGGCAAUGCAAAACUAACAGAAGUGCCAAGAGAAUGAAUCUGUGCUGAUUCUUCUCCUUACAAGGUAACUCUGACGACUCGCACCCAUUGAGACGGGAUAAAAAGUGGGACAAAUCCUGUUGUUCAUAUUGAACCCGACAACCCUUUUUGAAAGUUUUAUCACAAGGCUUUCCUACCACCGUGAUAUUACUCUGGUAACCAAUAGUUGACCUGUGUACCUUUCAGGUUUUUCAUUACAAACAGACUUAAGUAAAUAUCUUGUCUGCUAUUUAUACUGUAACACAAAAACAUGCUCUAUUAAGUUGUUUUUGACCACAUUCGCAAACAGACGCUCCCAGAUCUGUCUGAGACAAGCAUUUAUUCUAAUAUUACUGUUUUUUUGGUUUUGUUUUUUACCUAUAUUCCUGCAAAUCUAGCGCCACCACUUUUUCUGCAAGAUAAUGAAAAUUUAGCUCACGGACAGACAAGGUGUGAUGCAACAAUGACGGUCAUGGCCUUACUUACUCAAGUAUAACCCCAUUAUUUAAUUAAUGAAAUCUCAUUUAAUUAUAUAACCCCUUAAAAGAAUUGGGAUACAAGAUAUUAUAUCAAUAUAAUACAAUAUCAUAUAACCCAAUUCUCUACUACUGGAUUACACAAGGACUCAGCAUAAAAAGGGCCAUAAUGGUGUGAAUAAUAAUAAAAGAAAAAUGUGGAUCUAUUUUCCAGGAUCCCUGUAAAAGUGGCUUAAGCCUCCAAUCUGCAACUCUUGACAGUCUACACUUGCGCAGAAUCUGUCGGGCGCAUAUUUCUGUAUGUCAUGAUCCUUUCACAAGCAUAAUACUUGACAGCAGCACACCUCAAUAGUCACACAAUUGUUGAGGCAACUUGAGGGAACUAUAUAUGUACGGUGGGCUCUAAAUUAUUGUUCAUUAAGUGCAUGCUUAUCAUUGUCCUGUAAAAAGUUUGUUGUGUCAUCAUGUGGGUGUGAACAAUUAAAGAUGAUGCAAGGUGAUCUAAGGAAAGUAGACUUUUUUUUUUUAUUACUGAAUAAAAGGUAAAAUAACAAUUGGAAUAAAAUACAUGAGAUGUGUUAACACUGUUUAAGUUUAUUACAAAACGGGUAAACUGAUUCAUUCAUUGAAAAGGCAAAACAACCUUGAGCUGUAGUACUGGAAGCGUUUUCUUUCAGAGUUCAAACCUCACUGCUUGUAUUAUAUAGUAGGCAGUAAUACAUUCUUAAAGAGGUCUUUCUACAACGACAAAAUUUGAGCAAAAGUGCACAUAGUCCUUGAACACUUGUCUUGCUGCGCUGAAGAGUCUUAAAUAAUUUCCACAUCCCACUUUUGGUGUGCUUUAUUUGGAUCCAGGGUGUUGAGAAUCACUUGGUUUUUGUCAUAAUGAAGCCCGCCUGUAAAAGACAAAACACAUACUGUAUAACCACAUCAUCCUGAGCAUUGAGAAAAGCCUCAUGUGUACAGGAAUCAUUAAUUGAUCAUAUGUGACACAUCUGUGCAGUACUCUGCAAAAUCUGAGGGCACUAGGAUGUUAAAAUUACCCGAAUCUCCAAAUUCAGCAUAACCUGUUCCGUGACUUCCAAGUGAUUCCAAUUUCUAAUUCCUCAUAGAGAAUGAAGUCUUAAUCUGUUCCAAACUCACAAUGUUGCCAUAAAUCAUAAAACCUUGAACUGUUUUAAGUCACAUUUCAAUAUUUUAACCUAUCAUAAAAGUGUGAGGGAAUGUUUAAAAACUUAAUAAUAUGGAAAAAAAACCUGAAAUAAAGUAAAACCAUUAUCUUCUUCAAAAUGUGUUUUGUGGUUACAU